AGCAUUAGUUUACGCAGCAGAUAAAUGGCGUAACCUCCGGCGGCAGAUAAAUGCUCUCUCCGUUUUCAAAAGAGAAAGCAACGGUCCAAAGGAAACACAUGCAAUGCUUCUACGGAGGAACAAACAGUAGAGAUUGCAGGGACAUGCACAACAGGGGCUUGACGCGGUGCACGUACUGACGCACCUAUUCUCAUUGUCAUCAAAUUCAAUAUGAGUGUUUCUUUGACUUUCUUAUUUUCCUAUUCAAUUAAUCUUUCUUCUUUUACCAAAAAGAUUUUUUCCAUCAACAUCACGCAAUAAAUAAAUAGCAAAAUUUAUCACUAGUAGCCAUAGCCAUUGUGAUACACAUACACUUUCAAGUUUCACACCAAUGGCCAACAAAAGAGAAAAGCCUGAGAGAAUAAUUUGGCUAGAUGACCAACCUGGGGAGGAAUGGUGUUUUGAAUGCAAGGACGGUGGCCAACUAGUCCUUUGUGAUCAUGAGAACUGUGGCAAAGUUUAUCACCCUAAGUGUGUAGGGAGGGAUGGUUCUUAUUUUGACACCGUAAAAUCUUGGGUUUGUGGUAGGCAUUUUUGCAACUAUUGCCAUGAACCUCCUGAGUUUAAUUGCCUUGGCUGUCAAAAUGCUCUGUGCGAAAAUUGUUUUGCUGUCUCAUCUGAAUUUACUGUUGUUCGUGGAGUACAAAGUUUAUGCAUUGACUGCUUGGAGAUUGUGAAGAUUAUAGAACAAAAUUUGAACCAUGACUCGGAGGGGAACAAAAUAAGCUUGGAUGAUAGAGAAACAUAUGAAUGUCUAUUCAAGGAAUAUUGGGAAAUUGUUAAGGAAAAAGAAGGACUGACUGGUGAAGAUAUCUCUGCUGCACAGCUCAAUUGCCAAAAGGCUACAAAUUUUAUGCAUCAAAAAAAUUUGAGUAGAAGUGAAGAAGGAAAACAAAAUGACUCUACGUCGUGGGAUAGUAAAGAUAUCCUCACAGAAAUUGCUAAAGUUAAAGAAGGACUGACUAGUGAAGAUAUCUCUGCUGCACAGCCAAAUUACAAAAGGGGAAAAAAAUUUAUGCAUCAUAAAAGUUCGAGUGAAGAUGAAGAAGAAAAACUAAAUGACUCUAUGUCAUCUGAUAGUGAUGAAGGUUAUAAGCCACCCAAACGGAAGAGGUAUAAUUUGGAGAAGUUUGUGGGAUGGGGAUCAAAACCUCUCAUUAGCUUCCUUGCAUCCAUCGGAAAAGAUGAAACUGAACCAUUAACACAAUGGAGUGUAACUUCUCUCAUACAUGAAUACAUUAAGGAGAAAAAUCUUCAUGACCCUAAAUACAGGGGAAAGUUCCUCCCUGAUGAAAAGUUGUUUCCUAUAUUUAGAAAGAAAGUUGUGUCAAAAAGUCAGAUAUAUUCUCUACUAAAGUGUCAUUUUGCCAAAAAGUUGGAUGAUUCAUCUUCAGAGAAAAAUGAUAAGCAAAUAAAAAAUAGCUCUUCAGACAAGCAUGUCAAUGAUCGGCCAAAAUGCAUGAAAAGCAGAUUGUCAAGCUUAAUUGGAAAAUCUGUAUUGAGAAAGGGAGAUUUUUUUAUCAAAAGUAGCCACUUUGCAUCAAUGAGUGUCAACAAUAUAAACCUCAUUUAUCUAAAACGAAGUUUGGUGCUAGAGUUCUCAAAACAGCCUGAAACUUUCAUGAAUAAGGUUGUUGGAACUUUUGUCAGAGCCAAAGUGGAUUCCAGUGAUUCUAAGCAAAGGAAGUCUCACCAUCUUGUGAGAGUUGUAGGUGUUGUAUUCUCUGAAAUGUCUAAUGGAACUCUCUUGCAAGUUUCCUUCAUGACUAAGGCCAUUCCCAUUUCUGAUCUCUCUGAUGAAGAUUUCACAGAACAAGAAUGUGAGGAUUUGCAGCAAAAAGUGAAAGCCAACUUGCUCCCAAAAUUAACUGUUGUGGAGGUUGAAGAAAAGGCUAGAAGUCUUCACGUGGAUAUAACAAAACAUAGGAUUCGGACUCGCCUAGUCCAUUUGCAAAAUCAAAUUGAACGUGCAAGUCUUAGAGGACGAAAUGGAGAAAAAAUUGCAUUACUAGAGGAAAAGGAAGAACUUGAAAAACCAUCAAAACAAGAACAACUGCUAAGGCACAUGCCAUCAGUUCGUGCAGAGCUUAUUGAUGCAAAAUAUGAUGAUUCUGAAGAUGAUUAAUAAGAAGGCGAGGGACUGGACCAGUAAUCCUCUUAUUGCUCUAUUUUUUAAGUUGGACUCAAUCUUGGACUGAUCGAGUGUGGAACAGAAUCAUAAAAUCUCAUGACAAACUAUCAAAUGGUCAUGAGAUGUACUUUUUGUUUGGUUGAAGUUUUGUUUAUCUUCAAAACAUUGAUGUCUCAUUGUUAUUCGAAGCACUUACAUCGUAUGUUUAUCAGAAAAAUAAAACUGAGGUGACAAUUUUUUUUAAUAUCAUUUUUA